GGGGGGGGCGGUGCGCGCGCAGCCGCCGCCAUCGCCGCGGGGAAAGCGGAGGCAGCGCCGGUGGAUGGACAAACCGGGGAGGAUGGACUGUCCCGCGCUGCCGCCGGGCUGGAAGAAGGAGGAGGUCAUCCGCAAGUCGGGGCUCAGCGCAGGAAAGAGCGAUGUCUACUAUUUCAGUCCAAGCGGGAAGAAGUUCCGGAGCAAACCUCAGCUGGCGAGAUACCUGGGCAACACGGUGGACCUCAGCAGCUUCGACUUCCGGACGGGGAAGAUGAUGCCCAGUAAAUUGCAGAAGAACAAACAAAGACUAAGGAGCGAGUCCCUCAACCAAACCAAGGGCAAACCGGACCUCAACACCACGCUGCCCAUCAGGCAGACGGCCUCCAUCUUCAAGCAACCCGUCACCAAAGUCACCAACCACCCCAGCAACAAAGUCCGCACGGACCCGCAGCGAGUGACCGAACAGCCUCGGCAGCUCUUCUGGGAGAAGAGGCUCCAAGGACUGAGCGCCUCCGACGUCACCGAGCAGAUCAUCAAGUCCAUGGAGCUCCCCAAAGGUCUUCAAGGAGUUGGUCCGGGGAACAACGAUGACACUUUAUUGUCCGCCGUCGCCAGUGCUUUACACACCAGUUCGGCGCCCAUCACCGGACAACUCUCGGCGGCGGUGGAGAAGAACCCGGCGGUUUGGCUCAAUACGGCGCAGCCGCUCUGCAGGGCCUUCAUCGUCACCGAUGAGGACAUCAGAAAACAAGAAGAACGCGUUCAACAAGUCCGGAAGAAACUGGAAGAAGCACUUAUGGCCGACAUAUUGUCCCGAGCGGCCGAUACCACCAGAGACCUCGAGGUGGACAUGGACAACGGAGAUGAAGCAUGAAGAGAAAUCAGGUACUUUGGAUCCAUCGGUGGAGGAACCUCCUCGAUGUCCACAGCACUUUCUUUUGGGGUCUUUUGGAGAAGACACCGCCCAACGCACAUUUGUAGAGCUUCAAACUUAGCAUUAAAGCCUUUUGUAGAAGACCUAUUUUUGAUGUCGAGAUCUUCUCCGAGAAGACACUUUAUUUUCUCUCCAAAGGACUUCUGAGUCCUCUUUUGAUAUCUUUUGGACCUUCUCAUCUUCCAACCGACGUUGAGCUCUUCACGAAGAGGUCCUAAAACCCUUCUGGAGUCCUCUUGAGGAGAAGAAGAUGGAGUUUCAGGGGGGGGGUUUGGGGCUGGAGAAGAGGAGAACCUCAAGAUGGUGAGGUUGGAGGACCUCAAGAUGUUGAGGUGGAGAAGAGGACCUCAAGAUGGUGAGGUUGGAGGACCUCAAGAUGUUGAGGUGGAGAAGAGGACC